AUAAUGAGGUUUAUGUUUAUUGAUGAGGCCAGAUGCCGUACUAAGUUAAGGUUCAAGGUCAUUAGAAGAUACAAACAAUAUUCUAUUUUGCGCUGCAAUUGAUUAGAAUAUAGUUGUUACUAUUUUGUCAACUGAAAUUAUUCAUGUGGAUUGCUAUUUAAAAUACUUGACUUGAAAAUAUAUUUUAAUAGACUUUUAAGGAGAUAUUCUUGUGCCUUCAGUCAGCAACGUGCGAGGUAUUGUUUUAGACAUGAAUAAUUCGUCUGUAACAACCAAAGUUCGUAACGAAGAGAGGCAUAAAUUUUGUUGGGUUUGUUAUGGAACCGAAGAAGAUGAUACAAAAGAUGUACCAUGGGUUCAUCCAUGCAAAUGUAAAGGAAGUUCUAGAUGGGUUCACGAACACUGUUUGCAAAGAUGGUUUGAUGAAAAACAGAAAGGUCAGCCAUCACGAAAAGUUUCUUGCCCUCAGUGUAACACUGAAUAUGUAGUUAUUUUGCCAAAAGUUGGAAAAUUCGUCUAUGUUUUGGAAUUGAGCGAUAAAAUUGCACAAAAAUUAUCACCUAUUUUAGCCGGUGGAAUAUUUAUUGGUUCGGUAUAUUGGACAGCGGUAACAUAUGGAGCAGUUACAGUUAUGCAGGUUUUAGGUCAUAAGGAAGGCCUUAACGUGAUGGAAAGUGCAGAUCCCUUAUUCCUCUUGAUUGGCUUACCAACAAUACCGCUAAUGUUGGUAUUAAAUACUGAGACAAGACAAUAUACAGAAUAUACCCCACCAAUAACUGAAUAUCCUUUAUCGGCAACUAGAGUUUUAUGCGGGGCAAUGGCUUUCCCAACUGUCGCAACUGUUGUUGGUAAAGCUCUAUUUUCUAAUGUCAACUCGAACUUCCAAAGAACAUUACUGGGUGGAAUUGCUUUUGUUGCGAUAAAAGGCUGUAUGAAAAUUUAUUAUAAACAACAACAGUACUUGCGACAAAGGCAGAGAAAGAUACUGAAUUUCGACGAUGGUGAUAAUUCAGAAAAAAAAUUAGAAAAUCAAACAACACCUGAGCAAGAAUCGACAACGCAUGACAGUUACGGCUGA